AUGUCGAAAAGAAAGCGUGGCGGUGCCACCAAAGGCGAGAAUGUUGAGGAAGCUCCCUUGAGCCACAGCGCUAUUUGGGACGAUUCUGCCCUGAUGGACUCAUGGGAUGCCGCUUAUCAAGAAUACAAGCACUAUCACAGCAUCGCAGCAAAGGGAGAAGAUGUCGAGGAGGUGUUGAAGGCACAGCAUAUGAAGGAUAACAAAGUAGAUUCAGCACCUCAUCGCCGCUCAAGUGCUGGGAGCAAAGCUCAUCCAGAAUUAUGUGCUGACCAUGUCGAACCUACUGAGGUAGAACCUACUGAGGUAGAGCAUGCACCUGUCCUACAACCCUUUGCGGAGUCACUUCCUAUUGCCGAAGAGGGAGCCAAUCCUACCGCAAACUCGACCGCAGCACCGAUGCAUGCACCGACCCUCGAUCACAUCCAAGAUGAGGCUUUGAAAUGCGUUAUGAUGUCGUGGUAUUACGCAGGGUACUACACUGGUAUUUACACAGAGAAGCAGGCAAACCAGUCAAAGAACUAA